UGAUGGCAACCGUAAUGCGGAUCUAAACGCACGUGCCAACAGCCGCAGUGUCUUGCCGAGAUCUAAGGGUGACGGGAUAUCUUUGGGAUACGCAGGGUGACCGCCGCAAUGAUCAGAUACUUCAUCCUCUUCUCUGCAAUGUCGAGCGCGAUUCUGGCAGCUCCACAGUGGUACGGACCCCAUGCUUCUCCGGCGCCAUUGGGCCCCGAUGGUCGUGUGGUAGAUACACCGGAAGUUGCUCAGUUGAAAGCUGCCCAUUUGAGUGCACUGGCAGAGGCUAAUGCACGGGCACCAAAGGGAUCCAUAGGAGCUUACCCUGGCGCUUAUCCUGGCGCUUAUCCCCAACCCAGCGGAUACGCUUCCGGAAAUUACCUUUCACAUUACAGCGGACCACCAGCCCCACUAGGCCCAGACGGCCGCGUAGUUGACACGCCCGAGGUACAGCAAGCCAAGGCCGUACAUUUCUCUCUUUACAAUGCGGAAGCGCGGCGCGUGCCGGCCGGUCCAGCCGAUCCAAUUGCUGCUGGCGCCUACGAUCCAUCCUGGAACAACGGUGCCUACAAUCCUGCUUGGGACGGCCUGGCCAGCAACUACUAUUAAUUCGACUACAAGAAAAAAUGAUCGGAGCGAAAUGCAUUUCCGCUCGUUCAGUGGACGUCGACGAUCCCAUGAAAUCGAUCACACGAUUGUGUUAAAUCCACCAAUGAUCCUCGAUAUCCUUCUCACACGAAAAGAACGGUUUUAUUGGCGUAUCUAAAAAUCUAGAUAGAAAUUUUAAAAUAAUUUUGUUGGACUAUCAAAAUAAUUAUGUAGAAUGUGCUCACAUAAUGAGCAAUGUUGGAAAAAAUUUUAACUUCCAGCUACCACUCAUAUUAUACAGCACAGAUCAUUUUAAUAAUGUUGCAGCAACAUCCAGCAACAUUGCAAACAUUUUAUUAUUUUAAUAGUCCAACAAAAUUAUUUUGGGAUUUAUAUCUAUAAGCUAAAUUUUUAGGUAUUUCAGCAAAACUGUUCUUUCCGUGCAGCUACCUCAAGAAUUGGAAGACUAUAUAAGAUUCACUAAGAUAUUACUAACUACCUCUCCGAUCACUCCGAAACAAAUGGUUCUCUCUCGCCGAUCCUUCGAUCGCAACUCCCGAUAAUCUUUUCGCCUGCGGUGAUUUUGCAGCGUCACGUUUCAUGCAUCUCCUAUUUAUCGCGCACAAAUAUUCGUACUUCCGAUGUAUAUGUUAGAAAAAAUAUAUAUUCAUAUGGAACAGCA